GAGUGUGGCUUUGCUUUGCUUUGCUUUGCUUUGCUUUUGCUUCUGCUUUGUUCUUUUGCGUUGGUUGUCUGGAUUCGGUGACGAUCUGCGGCUCUCCCCGCCUUGGGCCGUUUUAUUCUUAGCGGUUAAUUGCUUACUGCACUAACAGUUUUAGUCUCCGCCAUUCUUUCCGCCCGUUCCUCGACCUCGACGGACCGACGGACAGACAGACAGACAGACAGACAGACAGUCACAACAACAACAACAACCACCACUACCACCUCUUUCAAGUUUCAUGCAAAUCUCCUUACAUUCUCUCCCUCCUCCCUCCCUCUCUGUCUUUUCUACUUCCCCCACCCCCCUUCGUUAAUUCCUCUUCUUUUCGCUUUUCUCUAGUCUGCUAUCUUCAAUUGGAUGUUCUUAGAGUACAAUGCUCUUUUCCAUUGACCGUUCCUGAACUCCACCGCUCCCAAUUGUGAUCUCACCGCGCAGGCAGCAAUGGCCACAACGGGGAAGAAUUCCGCAACCCGGAAGGAGACCGUCCUCUCGCGCCGCUACAUCGAGGGUCUCAUUGCGGAGGGCAAGCAGAUCAUCAUCUUUGACGAUCGCGUUCUGAAAGUCGACGCUUGGAUUCCGUAUCACCCCGGAGGUGACAAAUCCAUUCGACACAUGGUCGGGAAGGAUGCAACGGAUGAGAUCAAUGCAUUACAUUCCAAGGAAGCGCGUCAACGCAUGCUCUCGUUCCAGAUCGGUCGCAUCCAGGGUCCAUGGUUGAACUUCCUGCCUCCGUUCCAGGGCGGGAAGUUCCGCCCGUAUGCCGAGGAUUGCUUGUCCGAUGAUGAAAGUUCAGGCCAGGAGAGUUCCGGACAAGAGACAUCACAGCCUCCUUCCCCGAUCUUUGACGCAAUAGAUUCAAAUGCUUCGGUCCGUCAGCGUAAGCCUCCGUCCUCCGCCGAUACGGCGAUUCUAGCCGAACCACUCGAAGACGAGUCCAAACCGAAACCGUUCUUCCUCGAUGCGCGCACCCGGGAAGAGAUUAUCUUCGACACGGCCAAGUUCCCCUCCCUCGACGUGGACAACCAAGAGAAGAUCCGACACCGAUAUCGUCUGUUAGACCAACAGAUUCGGGCCGAGGGCCUGUACGACUGCCGCUAUUUCUCGUACUUCAUCGAAUGCUGUCGGUACACACUAUUCGUGGCGCUCUCAUAUUACUUCCUCAACCUUGGGUGGUAUGGGACCUCCGGAUUCUUCCUGGGAUGCUUCUGGCACCAGCUCGUCUUCACUGCCCAUGAUGCUGGCCACAUGGGCAUCACGCAUAACUUCCACUGCGACACUGUGAUCGGUAUCAUUAUUGCCGACUACCUGGGCGGACUGAGUCUUGGGUGGUGGAAACGGAGCCACAACGUUCAUCACAUCGUGACUAACGCCCCCGAGCAUGAUCCGGACAUUGAGCAUAUGCCUUUCUUUGCCGUUUCCCACCGCUUCCUCACCAACCUUCGAAGCACAUACUACGACCGCGUGAUGACCUUCGACGCCGCGGCGAAAUUCCUGCUGCGCUUCCAGAACUAUCUCUAUUACCCCAUCCUACUGUUCGGGCGAUUCAAUCUCUACCGGUUGAGCUGGGAGUAUCUGUUCAUGGGCCAAGCGCCGAAGAAGGGGCCCGCCUGGUGGCACCGCUGGUUCGAGAUUGGCGGGCAGGUGUUCUUCUGGUAUUGGUUCGGCUACGGCGUGAUGUACUGCACGAUCCCGGACUGGAGCAGCAGGAUGACCUUCCUGCUAAUCUCGCACAUGGUCACCUCGCCGCUCCACGUGCAGAUCACCCUCUCGCACUUCGCGAUGUCGACGUCCGACAUGGGCGUCAACGAGUCCUUUCCGCAGCGGAUGCUCCGUACCACCAUGGACGUCGACUGCCCGACCUGGCUCGACUGGUUCCACGGCGGUCUGCAGUUCCAGGCCAUCCACCACCUGUACCCGCGCAUCCCGCGCCACAACCUCCGACGCACCCAACGCCUGGUGCUGGAUUUUUGCCGCGAUACGGGCAUCCCCUACACCAUCUUCACCUUCUACGACGGCAACAAGGAGGUCAUCGGCAAGCUGGGCGACGUGGCUAAGCAAGUCCGCAUCCUGGAGGAGUGCAGGAAGGCGUGCGCUCAGCAGGGCGUGUUCUCCGAUGACCACUAGAUGCACUCGACAUGACGGACGCGGCGGGGGACCAGCUGGAACUUCGAUUUCAGGAGCUGUUGUGGCUGUGUUAUGCCGGUGGCGUGUAAGCGUAGAAUCAACGAAUGUAUAUAGCCCCCCUGACCCACACUCACCCAGGCACCACUUUGUAUAGUUGGACACGAGACUUACGAGGGUGGCUUUGAUGUUACUUAUGAUGAUUGGUAUUCUUGAUGACAUGACGUUCGUUUGCUUACUUGGAGUCAUGAUGAUCCCCCCACUCAUGCCUUGGACGGGUAAAUAGAUAGAUAGCAGUGCG